GCGCGGGAAGCCCCGGCAGGGCUGCGGAGCUGCCUCGGUGCUGCGCAAUGGCUGUCUCGGUGCCCGGCUACUCGCCUAGCUUCAAGAGGCCGCCUGAGACCGUGCGGCUCCGCCGGAAAAGGUCUCGGGACCAUGGUGCCGCCGUGCCCGCCUCACUGCCGGAGCCCGCGCCCCGCCGCGCCGCGCUGGCGGCUGGGCUGCCCUUGCGCCCCUUCCCGACCGCGGGCGGCAGAGGAGGCGCCGCCGCGACCAUCGCCCGCAGGAACCCUUUCGCCCGCCUGGACAACCGGCCGCGAGUCUCCGACGAGGCCAGCGAAGAGCCGCUCCGCGGUCCUCAGGGGGCGUCGGGCCCGCUUCUAGAUCCCAAUGAAGAAAAUAACUUGCUGUGGGAGGACGCCUCAUCUCAUGAAAGAACUGGCACGGAACUGUCCCAGAGUCAACGUGUAUCGUUGUCUGAAUCGGACACUUGGUCGUCAGAUGGUACUGAGUUACCUGUGGACUGGAGUAUUAAAACCCGACUCCUUUUCACCUCUUCUCAACCCUUUUCCUGGGCAGAUCAUUUGAAAGCACAGGAAGAAGCCCAAGGACUUGUCCAGCAUUGUAGGGCAACAGAAGUGACUUUACCCCAGAGUAUACAGGAUCCCAAACUGUCCACUGUGCUGCGCUGCGCCUUCCAGCAGGCUCUGGUCUACUGGCUUCACCCUGCCUUUUCAUGGCUGCCACUCUUCCCUCGAAUUGGAGCUGAUAGGAAAAUGGCUGCAAAGACAAGCCCAUGGUCAGCUGAUGAGACCCUGCAGCAUGCUUUAAUGAGCGACUGGUCUGUGAGUCUCACGUCUCUGUAUAACCUGCUGAGGACAAAGCUUUGUCCCUAUUUCUACGUCUGCUCCUAUCAGUUCACCGUCCUGUUCCGGGCAGCAGGACUGGCUGGAAGCAGUGUGAUCACGGCGCUCAUAUCCCCUACGACAAGAGGCUUAAGAGAAGCUAUGAGAAACGAAGGUAUUGAAUUUUCUCUGCCUUUACUAGAAGAAAUUGGCCCUAAGAAGAAAGUUCGAGACCCAAGCCUGGAAUCUGAGGAGGAGCAGACAGUCAGUGACGAAGAUGAAGAGGAGAGUUUUUCUUGGCUGGAAGAGAUAGGCGUGCAAGAUCAAAUUAAGAAGCCAGACGUGAUCUCUAUCAAGCUACGUAAAGAAAAACAUGAAGUACAAAUGGACCACAGACCUGAGUCUGUCGUACUGGUGAAAGGACUCAACACCUUCAAACUGCUCAAUUUUUUGAUCAACUGCAAGAGUUUAGUUGCUACCUCAGGUGCACAGGCAGGUCUCCCACCCACUCUCUUAUCCCCAGUAGCCUUCCGAGGUGCCUCCAUGCAAAUGCUUAAGGCACGGAGCAGUAAUGUAAAGACGCAAGCUCUUUCUGGAUACAGCGAUAAGUUUAGUUUGGAUAUCACAGGUCCUGUCAUGCCUCAUGCAUUGCAUUCUAUGAGCAUGCUACUCCGAUCUUCACAGAGAGGGUCCUUCUCUGCAGGACUGUAUGCACACGAGCCAACUGCAGUAUUCAAUGUUGGCCUGUCUCUGGAUAAAGAACUGGACAGAAAAGUUGCUCAUAAGGACCUUGCUAACUGUGGGCUGCAUCCUAAAACCCUGGAGCAGCUCAGUCAGACGCCAGUGCUGGGGAAGUCAUCCUUGCGGAGUGUGGAAAUGAGUGACUACAUUUUAAAUUGGAGAUCCUGAACACCAAAGUAAGCCUAAAAGGAAUCUGAGGAAAAAGCUUCCUAGCAAGGAAAUGCAAGAUUCGUAGGCCUCUGGCUUUUAAAGUUCGUUUGGAAGAAUAUAUUUUAAAAUACUGAAAUGUUCUUAAACAUUUUUAUAUUAACUUAUUACAUGCAAUAGCAUUAGGUUUUAAAUCAAGAUUUUGCUUUUAUUAUUUUCAUACAUUUUCAGAGAUGAAGAUGCAAGGAGCUUCCUUAAUACCUCAGAUAAUUCAAAUAAGAGUUCUAUCCCUGCAACUUAUUGUUAACCUGAGUGGAAAAGUCAGUGUUUUAUUACAAUUGAGAAACUGAGAGUACCUGUAGCAAUUAUUCCAGUGGAGACUAAUGCUCAGAACAAAAGCAUCCACAUUGUACCUUAGACGAGCAGUGAGUUCUUUCAAGACGUAGGGAAAUCAGCAUUUUUACUAAUGAUUUCUAGUUCCUCUGCUCUGUUUGGUCUUAUGUGUCAAGUCAGAUGGUAGGCUAUUUUGUACUUCAUCUAAGUGCUGGGUGCUCAGUCAUGUCACACUAUUAUAGUCAUACUAUUUAGUAUGCUUACAGGUAAUCUGUGUUUGCAUGUGUGUAUAAAAUUCAGCAUUUUUAAAUAAACGUGCAUAGAAAUCACAA